AUGCUCGUUUUUAAAUUUCCACAACCCAUAUGGUCGCUUCGAGCAGCCAAGUUUAUCUCACCUGCUUACACAGCGUGCGGCUUUGGAAGAGUAAUGAAAGAAAAAGCUGCUCAGCAACCGAGAGUGAGAAGAUAUGAAGUUGCGGCGGCGUAUCGGAGACCGAUUGGUGUGGAAAGAGCAUUCAGCAAAGAAAAAAUCAAGCCACCAAAAGUGCCUCGAUUAAGAGAAAAGGAAAAAGAAAAGUGUUAUGAGAAAGAAAUGUCUACCGAUAAUAUAAAAUCAAAGUCAUCUUCAGGCUUGGAUCUGAGUUCAAGUUUGUUAGUCCAACAAAUGUUAUUCAGUCCCAAGGAGAAAAAUAGUAAUGGUAAUGAUGCUUCACGAGAAGAUGUCGCCAAAAACAUUGAGAAAAUUAUCGAGGAUGAUCCUGCUUGGUCCAAAACGAGCCACUAA